GAACUGGUUGCAAAGAUGACAGAGGAAUCCAAAGAUGAAAAGAUGGAAAAAAUGGAAAAUGUUUUGCUGGAAACCAAAUCCCAGCUAAGGUCCGCAGAGUCACAGAAUGUAGAUCUCACAAACAAAUAUGAGGCAAAACUUCGGGCUCUUCAUAAGGCAAUCAAACACCUUGAAAAUAAGUGUGCCACUGAAAAAAUGAUGCGGGACAAGAAAGAAAAGGAGGUGGAAUCUCUGGUUGUACUUAAAAUCAAAAAUGAGCAGGAAAAACAAGAACUCAUGAUGAAGCUAAGCAAGACGACUGAUGAAAAAAAUGAAAAAGUUAAAGAACUGCAGAAACAACAUGAGAUGCUUCAAACUGAGAUUCAGAACCAUGAGAAGUACAUUCAUCGUAAUGACUUCCUUGAAAGAAGGAUAGACGAGCUUCUUACACUACCUAGGGAGGUGUACUGCCGUCAACAGAAAGUUAAAAGUGUGGAAGAAGAAAAAGAGAAACUACAGGCUGAACUUAAAAAGUGUCAAAGACAAAAUGAGGAGUAUAAAGCAGGAAAGCGCUGGGCAACAGACGAGAAAAACAAACUGACAAACGAAAAUGAUGAACUGAAAGCACGUCUUAGGGAGAAGGAAUGUAACAAGACAAUGUUGAGGAAAGAGGUAAAAGCCAAAGUCCUGGAAUCUGAAAGUCAGAUAAAGGAGCUGCCAAGGCAACGUUUAACUAUCGACCACCUGGAAAAAUGUCUUAAGGUUAAAACUAAGCAAAUAAUUAUAUUUGAAAAGGAGAUGCAGGAAUCUGGGAAGAAAAUUUCAUCCCAAGAAAAUAAGAUAGCCCAUCUGAAAACUGCUCUUAGCAAAGCAGAAAACGAUCUGGAACUGGAGAUAAAGAGAACUGAAAAUCUUAGGUCUGAUAAAGUGCUCCUUUCUGAGACAAAGUUCUGCAUUGAGAAAGAACUCUAUACAGCUAGAGACACUAUAAAGACACUUCUGAAUAAAAUCAAAGAAAAGGCCCAAGAACUCCAAGAGACGAAAGUAGACCUUGACAAUGCUAAGACCAGCUAUAAUGCUGUAAAGACUGAGCUGGAUAUUAUCAAACAGCAGCAGGCAGAUCUAAAGACAGAACACGAGAAACAGCUUAGCUCUGGAAAUGACAACCUCUUUGCAGUGAAGUCAAAGAUGACGCAAACUGUGGAGGACAAAGAAGAGGUUGAGAAAGCUCUGGCAAAGUCCAAACACACAGUAUUUAAGCUUGAGCAAGUAAUAGAAGAACUGGAAACUGACAUUGGCAUUCAACGAGAAAAGAAUGCAGUACAGAAAAAAGAAAAUGAUGAUCUGCUGCAACAGCUGAAGGGACUUUAUGACACGCUCGGCCACACUGUGCAAGUCGAGAAAAAAGCCUCCCCAGAGCAGCAAAGAAAGGAUGGGGAUGAAAAAAUAGCCCAGAAAAAGGUGAGAUUUGACCUGAGAAAUGUGGAAUACUUUCCAUCCAAAGAUGACAAUGAGCUGAAAGAACAACAGAAAGAAAUCAGAGACCUUAAGGGCAAAAUGGGUAACAAGCUUACCACAUAUGACAGUAAGCUACCUAUUAUUUCCACUAGGGCCCAGUCUAAAACUGUAGACAACUCAAACAAGCAGUCUGAGUCUAGGAGCUCACUCAACCUCAAGUCUACUGUUACUCUCAAGGCAGAAGAAGAAAGGGUUCAUCCCCAUCCACCUGUAAGUAAAUCCCAGGCAACUCUACGUAGAGUAUACAAUCCUGGUGCAAAAACAAUCAAGCACCGGCCUUCAGCCAAACCCAAACACAUCUAAAAAACCCUCCUACCAGUUCUCACACUGACUCCAAAGAAAUAAUCAGCUUUUAAGCUGGUUAAAAAAUAUUAAUGUUUUGUUUCCAAAGUCAAAAUAAAUCACAAAGAGACAAUAUUAGAAAAAAAAUUAAAUACCCGCCCAUCCUGAGGGUGUAUUACAUCCGUAACCCAGGAGUGGCUGUAUUUGCUAUAACAUCAUAAAUGUAAGACAAUAAGGACAUCUCUGCAUGUGUGAGGAAGUGACAUGCAUUUCAUCUAUGUCGCUUCAUCACCCCCAACCGGUCCCGGUAGAUGGCCGCCCCUCACUGAGCCUGGUUCUACUGAAGGUUUCUUCCCGUUAAAAGGGAGUUUUUCCUUCCCACUGUCGCCAAGUGCUUGCUCAUAGGGGAUCUUCGGAUUGUUGGGU